AUGGAGAAAUUACCAAACUUUGUUAUAAACGGAGGAGUGAAGAUGCCAGUUGGGUACCGGUUUCAUCCCACGGAUGAAGAGCUUGUGAUCCACUACUUGAAGAGAAAGGUCCAUGCCGCGCCAUUGCCUGCUUCCAUCAUUCCCGACUUUGACGUCUUCCACACUCAUCCCUGGGGCUUGCCAGGUGACGUUAGGGAAAAGAGGUAUUUCUUUUACAAUAAAAUAAAUGCGAAUGAGAUUGACGACACUAAGAGAGCUGCUGGCUGUGGUUACUGGAAGCCUAUGGGCAAAGAGAGGCAAAUUGUUGAUCCUGAAAGCAGCGAAGCAGUUGGGAUCAGGAAAACGUUGGUUUUCAGCCAAAGGAAGCGCCGUUACCAUGAGACUCAAACUAAAACUCGAUGGCUCAUGCAUGAAUAUCAGCUCUUGUCUUCUCAAGCAUCUAAAAUGGAACUGGGAAACUGGGUUGUGUAUCGCGUAUUUCAGAGAAAGCGAAAGCCUCAAAGAUCAUCAGAUAUUAUUCCUCAACCCUCCAACAGCAAGAGGACUCGGACUCAGAGAUUAGUGGAGGUGAUUACACCUUCUUCCUCCUCCUCAUGUUCGAGUGAUAUCACUCACCUCUCUUCCAAUGCCAAUAGGCUAGAUCAUGAUCAGGAGGAAACCAGCAGUGCUGCUGCUGAUAAUUAA